AUGGUUAUUCAAUCGUUUGGUCCCCAUACCUCCCAUGCCGUUCAGCCUCGUGUUAUUGCAAAUCACUUUCAUCUCUUCCAAAACCUCGACAAUAGAGCACAUACCUGUACCAGGUCCCCUAUCCUGAGCAAUAUGACCACCCAAUUCUACUGCGCAAUCUGCAGCGGGCCCGCGGGAAUCUGGGCAAUUGGCUCCUCAUCUCCCCAAGCCCUCAAACGACGCCAGACAUACGUGGAAGCCAAACGGCGGGAGAAAGCAACUAAUCAACGCGUGCCCAUCAAUUUUGACAGUGACUGGUCCAGCGACUACGAGUCAGACGAGGAUCCCUAUGACCCAGACGACCUAACGAGAUAUGAUCCCCGCCUCGUCAGCCCCGAAAGCAGGGAGUGGCUGCAUAACAUAUAUUGGCUCCGUGUGGGCGAUUUUACGGGAGAAGGGUAUCUUGAAGGUCCGGCAAGUAGCGUGAAUAACCUGACAGCCUGUCUGUUGUUGCGCACCGAGCGUCUGACCCGAAUUUCUAGCUACACCACCGUGAACUGCGUUUUCCCCUUCCAUCUGUGCUGCUUCAAGCUCCUUCUGUACUCUAUAUUCAACGAUAUGGAGUUUGACAACAUUGACAAGAAGGUCCUGUAUAAAGUGAUGAUGGACAUCAAUCCUGGACACCCGAGACUCGACCUGGACUACGGUGAUAUCAAAGGUCCUGACCAGUACUGGCUCUGUGAACCAGGCGAAGAGUUCCUACGGGAUAAACUCCAGCACGACACUUUCAAACUGCCAAUCUCCAAUGUCAGCAUUGACCAGCGCCAUGUGGUAGCCGAUCCAUUCGGCAAUCUACCCGUCGAGGUGUUGUUUAACAUGCUCGAUAUGCUCCCAGCGUGCUCGCUCCUUGAGUUCCGCAAGGCGUCGGCGACAGUGUGUCGCGCGACUCAGUCUAAUGGAUACUGGAAGCAACGCAUGAGCCGCGCAAUGGACUGGUUUUGGGAGUUAUCGGACAUACUACAGGACCAUCCGUCUGACCUGAAUUUCAAAGCAUUCUAUCUGUGGCUCGACAAGAAGACCAAUCCGGAACUUGGCAUGGACCCGAUGUUCAUGGGUUUGGGGAAUAGACGACGGAUCUGGGGUGCUUGCCAGCAGCUACGAGACCUGUAUGUAAAAAGGGCUCCACCGGAGACAGAGGGACAGCAGUAG